GUCAUGGGCACAAGAUGUGCAGAAUGACAUGAGAGAAAGUUCAAGGACUUGUGUUGCUCCUUCACUUCCGAUACGAGCUUGCAAGCUCGUGACAGUCGCUUGCUUCUUCCUUGUAUGCUUCCCCGCGCGAGUAGAGUUGCUUGUUCUCAAGCAAAGCAACGUGUAUAAGCCCUCACUGACGAUUUCGCAAUUCGAAAGCAAGUGCACGGCAGGAUCUCUUGUCAAACGCGAUGGUGUAGACCAGCUGCAAAGAUUACGUGGCGGAAACGGGGCAAAGCCAGACACAAAACACGCGAUCAUUGUGGGGAGUGUAUGCGCCUUGAUCUUGAUUCUGAACGAGUUCAACGUGCUCUCUGCUAUCGUUCGAGUCUCGCUCACUUUGCUCCUCUCCCUGACGUUCCUGCUGGCGGGUAUCAACAAGACAAACCCGACAUUUCACAAGCCCACGCAUCUGUUCUUGGCAAACAUGUUUCCGGACAUCUGCAACAAAGUCUGGAAGCCGAUAUUUGAGAAAGCCUUGACAUCAACAUGUCGCUUCUGCUGUAAAUAUUUUUCAUUUCUCAAGAACACUUGUGGGCAACGCGACGAUGGAUCGUUCACGUUGCCCAAGUCCAUCUCUGCCAUGGUUACCCCAGCCUCCUUCAUGCACUCCAUUGGUCAAGUGGAGGUUUCCUGCGCCAUGCUGAUGCUCAUCUCGCUUGCGGGCACGGGGUCGAGGGGGCAUCGCGUCCCUCUCGCUGAGCUCAGCAACGUCGUGCUCUUCUUCUUGAUGGUCGGCGCUACUUACAGUCACCUCGUGCUCAUGGACGGACGGUGGAUUCCCUCGGCAGUGUUGGGUCUCCUGCUCUUUGUGAGAUUCAUCACUCCCGCACCCUCGAGGAAGGGGAAGUCGGGCAAGGGAAAGAAGCAGGACAAGUGAGUGAAACAGUUGCUCCAACCUAAAGGUCACCAGAUACAACAUGAGAUAAUCUACAACGAGAUGAGAACCCUGGCCUUUGGAUUGAGGGUCACCCGAGGCCCGCGCGGCGUGUAAGCUCUAGGAGACAGGAGCGUGCUCGAGCUGCUGCUGCGUGUCUGCAUUGAGUUGCUCGUCUCCUGAACAUCUCUUCAAACAUGUUAAUAAACAAAAUGUUUCAUCUC